AUGUUCCGCGACGAGAGCAAAUCAGUAAUCCGAAAAGCGGUUGCGGCCUCGACACAUAGGAAACGAGUGGAACGAUCGCGUCGCAGUGCAAUCCCAGAAAGGAAUCCUGUACGGUCUGGGCUUAGUACCGCGCCGGUGGGGCAGGUUUUGGACUUCCACUCUGAUCCACAGCAUAUCAAUCUUAUGCGCCAGCUCGGGAAUCGCCCAGUGGAGGUCCAGCCGUCACAGGAGUUCGAAACCACCAAAAAUGAAGCAAUCUGCUUUUUCCUGCGAUCAACUGCUAUCCCCGGCAGUUUCUUGACUACUGAGAUGAUCUCCGACUCUUUGGUACAGAGCGGAGGCACUCCGAGUCACAGAGCUAUGAAGGCAAGCGUAGUUGCUACUGCCAUGGCUAUGCUCUCCCGGGUAAGAGGGCUACCAUCGCUUAGAGAUGUAGCCUACCGGGAGUAUGGAUCCGCUUUGAGAUUGCUUAAUGCCGCUCUAACCGACAUGGAGGAGGCGAAAUCAAAUCAAACAUUAGGCGCUGUCAUGCUGCUUGCCAAAUAUGAAGUGAUUUCGUCAAGAGCCCCGAAAGAGAUUGAGAGUUGGACCAACCAUAUCAGUGGAGCAAUGGCCCUGCUAGAUCUACGCGGCGCUGAUAAGCUUAAGACUGACACCGAUCUCCGCUUGUUCUUAUACCUUCGGUAUCAGAUUACCAUCAGUUGCCUACAAAGAGACGUGCGCGUGCCUGAGUCACUAAUAGAACAAACGGAAAUCGCGAUGAUUCUUCAGCCAGAACAAGUUCACGGCAAUCGUCUACUCACGAUAAUUGGAAAACUAUCGAACCUUCGCGCAGACAUCUGCGCCAAUAUGUACAACGAGCAGGAGAUCAUAUCAGCAGCGUCGGCUAUCGAAGCCAGUUUAAUUGCCUGGCUGGCAGCUCUUCCCCCCGAAUUCAACUAUACCACCCAUCGACUCCGAGGCAUAACGCCAUACGACGAUCAAUACCACAUGUACUCCUCCGCCUGGGUCUGCCAUUCGUGGAACCAAUACCGCAGCGCCCGAAUCAUCGUCAGCGAAAUUAUUCUCUCCCGUGUCCGGCGAUUAUCCGACAGUUCCUCUAUGACUUCGUUGUCCGAAGAGUUGCGUAUCCAAUGCAGGACACUUCGAUCGACGAUCCGGCGGUUAGCCGUGGAUAUCUGUCGCAGUGUUCCUUUUCACUUCAUCGGUUACCAGGUAGAUAGGGUGUCUAGUCUCCCGCCGCCUGAACACUACGUUGCGGGCCUUAUGCUCCUCUGGCAUCUAUUUGUGGCUGGGGUUGUUGAGAACCCCCAACACCGGCUGCGCCGUUGGGUAGUCAAGUGUCUCCAAAUGAUUGGAAACACGAUGGGUAUCGACCAGGCGCUGGCAGUGGCAGAUAUUGUCGCUGAUUAUCCUGGAGCUUUACGUUCCGUGACCGAGGAAGAAGACUCUCACUCUUCAGAUCAGGAUCUGACGAGGCGAGAUCUAGUUACGCAUAGUGGAAAUACUUGCCUCGGGGUAUAUAGCAACAACUGA